AUGGCGAUUAAGUUAGUCGUUGGAGGGUUCACCUUGAACAUUAUUAGUGCCUACGCGCCACAAGUGGGUUUAGACGAGGAGGUGAAAAGGCGCUUUUGGGAGGACUUGGACGAAGUGGUGGUAAGUAUACCGCCUACUGAGAAGUUACUCAUAGGAGGAGAUUUCAAUGGGCACAUUGGGUCUGUUUCGAGGGGUUAUGACGAGGUGCAUGGGGGAUUUGGCUUCGGGGACAGGAAUGGUGGAGGAGUCUCACUCCUAGAUUUCCCAAAAGCUUUUGGAUUGGUGAUAGCUAACUCGUGUUUUCCGAAGAAGGAGGAGCACUUGAUAAGAAGGAAGAAGAAGAAGAAGGUUGUGGAUGACCGACCGAGGAUUAGGUGGGGGAGUUUGACUCCGUCUAGUGCCCUAGAAAUGGGGGAGAAGUUGAUGGCUAUGGGAGCGAGGGAUAGUAGGGGGGAUGCGAGCAGUAUGUAG